CUGCCCCAGCAACAGAAACGAGAAAACCUUCACGAACAGGCCCUAGACUUUGCUUUGCCCAGGAGGCCGCACGUACAAGAAAGCGCUGUGCUUCUUUGACACCAUGAAGAUUCUAGCUUCCGCCACCCGCCAAUUUUAUCAGAGCAGCCAAGCUCCGUCCCUGCCACACAAAGUGAAGUUUGCUGCCUCCGUCGUCCAACUUCCAUGGGACACUCACAAUUUCAAAUCCUCCCUCGUUAUCCGGUCGAAACGCAACUAUGCUUCCACCGCUUGGCAACGUACGCAAAGGGUCGCCUUGCCCGAAGUCGCUGGUGAUCCUUCCAUUAUUAAAAGCGCCUUUCGCGAACGCUUGGAUGCCGAACGGGCGCAAGCUUUCCUAGGCGGCGGCCAAAAACGAAUCGACAAGAUACACGCCAGGGGAUCACUUACCGCCCGGGAACGCUUGGAGCUCUUGUUCGAUAACGAGAGCUUCCACGAAUUGGAUCAACUCAAGGCUCAUCGAUGUACCGAGUUUGGUAUGGACGAAAAGGAGUUUCCCGGUGACGGUAUCGUCACGGGACACGGAACCAUCAAUGGUCGCGUCGUCUACGCCUUUUCCCAAGAUUUUACCGUCUUGGGUGGAUCGCUUUCGGAAACACACGCCGAAAAAAUGUGCAAGGUCAUGGACAUGGCCAUGCGUGUGGGAGCACCGGUGAUUGGUCUCAACGACUCUGGCGGAGCUCGGAUUCAAGAAGGUGUUGACAGUCUAGGCGGCUACGCCGAAGUGUUUCAGCGGAACGUAGACGCGAGUGGCGUGAUCCCGCAGAUUUCGGUGAUUAUGGGGCCUUGCGCGGGUGGCGCAGUCUACAGUCCCGCCAUGACCGAUUUCAUUUUCAUGGUCGAAGACACUUCCUACAUGUUCGUUACGGGCCCGGAAGUCGUCAAGACAGUCACGAACGAGACGGUCACCAAGGAAGAUCUGGGAGGUGCCCGGGUACACACUGCUAAAAGUGGCGUUGCGCAUGGAUCGUUCUCUAACGAUGUGACGGCACUCCGUUCGAUGCGCCGUCUCUUGGACUUUCUACCGGCCUCUAACGACAAAAACACCCUACCCGUCAAGGAGACGACCGAUCCAGCUGAUCGCUUAGUCCCGUCACUUGAACGCUUGGUCCCGGACGAUCCGAAUACGCCCUACAAUAUGAAGGAUGUCAUUCGUGAAACAGUCGACAACGGUGACUUUUUCGAAAUCAUGCCCGCUAUGGCACAGAACAUUGUGACAGCUUUUGCCCGGAUGGAAGGUCACACGGUUGGUGUCAUUGGUAACAACCCUUUAACCUUGGCUGGUUGUCUCGAUAUUGAUGCCAGUAUCAAAGCAGCUCGCUUUGUUCGUUUUUGCGACGCUUUCAACAUUCCGCUCGUUACGUUUGUUGAUGUUCCCGGAUUUCUUCCGGGGACGGGACAAGAAUACGGCGGUAUCAUUCGCCAUGGAGCCAAGCUUCUGUUUGCGUAUGCUGAGGCGAACGUACCCAAGGUGACAGUCAUUACUCGGAAGGCUUACGGCGGUGCCUAUGACGUCAUGUCGAGUAAGCACUUACGAGGAGACUGUAACUACGCGUGGCCUGGUGCCGAAGUGGCGGUUAUGGGUGCCAAAGGAGCCGUUAAGAUUCUUUAUGGUGGCAAAGAUGUAGAGCAACACACUAAAGAUUAUACUUCGCGGUUUGCGAAUCCAAUGGUCAGUGCUCAACGCGGAUUUGUAGACAAUAUCAUUGAUCCUCAAGAAACUCGACGCAUCAUUUGUAACGAUCUCCGAAUGUUACGCACGAAGCAUUUACCCAAUAUUCCUCGCAAACACUCCAAUCUUCCCCUGUAAAGACCAUACUAUGGGUAUAAGCAGCGUUGUUGCACAAACGUCGGAAAACAUGUAUACUUUAACAGUUUACAGUUAGCAUCAUUAAACAUAAGUUCAAUCCUAUUCUUUCUUUUUGGAAGGUCGCUGAUAAUAAUAGCGGAAUAUUUCGUCUGGAGUCCAUCCACGUUUGUAGCGGUUGACAAUGAGCACGUUCACUAAAGUCGUGUAGACCACACCAUGGGUCUGCCAUCGGCGAACCGAACACUGCCCCGUCGGCGGAGGAAUAAUCCGCAAACGUUCGGGCAAGAGCUUGGCUCGUUUACGAAGCAAGUCCAUGAGUUCGUAGUCUUCCAUUAUGGGUUGCUCGGGAUAGCCCCCCACGUGGUGAAAGUAUGCC